AUGGCCACGCUGCCCGCGGCGCCCGAGCCGCUGCCGCUGGACAGCGUGCCCAUGGUGGCCCUCAACUACGGCGUGCGGCGCCGCCUGGGGCUCUACCUCAACCCGCGCUCCGCCGCCGCCGCCGCCGACUGGACGGCGCUCGCCGAGCGCCUCGACUGCGACUACCUGGAGAUCAAGCGGCUCGAGGCGCUGCCCGACCCCACGGGCGCCCUGCUCGAGGAGUGGCCGCGCCGCUGCCCGGCCGGCGCCACCGUGGGCCGCCUGCUGGGGCUGCUGCGGGAGCUGGGCCGCCACGACGCGCUGCUCGACCUGGCGCCCAGCGUGGAGGCAGAUUGUAAGAAAUACUUGCAAAGGAGGAAGCAGGAGGCCAACCAGCCACUGCAGGUCCCGGCAGUGGACAGCAGCGUGCUGAGGACAUCGGAACUGGUGGGCAUCACGACCAGGGAUGAUCCUCAUGGGAGCGGAACAGAGAUGUUUGAUGCCUUCAUCUGUUACUGUCAGAAGGACCUUCAGUUUGUCCAGGAGAUGAUCAGAGAGCUGGAACAAACGGAGUUCAAACUGAAGCUUUGUGUGUUUGACCGGGAUGUCUUGCCAGGAACGUGUGUGUGGUCCAUCACUGGAGAACUUAUAGAAAGGAGGUGUCGGAGGAUGGUGGUCGUCAUUUCAGAUGAUUACCUGGAAAGUGAUGAGUGUGAUUUCCAGACCAAAUUUGCUCUUAGUCUUUCCCCAGGCGCUCGGCUCAAGCGGCUCAUUCCAGUCAAGUGCAAAGCCAUGAAGAACGAGUUUCCGAGUAUCCUCCGGUUCAUUACAAUUUGUGAUUACACCAAUCCUUGCACCAAAAAAUGGUUCUGGACAAGACUGGCAAAAUCUCUUUUGCUGCCAUAAUGCAAAGUUAGGACAGCCUGAUGUUACAUUUUUUACUUUUUUUUUUAAUCUGUCCUGUCUGUGCCUUUGGACCAGGGUCUUCAACCACUUCGAUCCUCACAGUCUGUGUUUGGAGCCCGCAGCUGGGAGCACAGCAUUUUCUUCAGCACAUUUUCAUAGCCUGAAAGGGGAAACGAAGCAGUUGCCUGGGAGUUCCUGGUCAGGUCAGGAAGCAGCAGCAGCUGGCACUUUGUUUAGUAAAGUCUUUCACUGAAUAUAUACGUCAAAAGGCUGAGUCACCUACAUGACAAGGCUUUGCUAUAAGUGUUUAAUAAGACCUGGGAAUAUAAAAUGCUGGUCUAAGACAUGAAAUAAAGCCUCAAACAACAGGCUUUAAAAAAAAGUCAUUUUAAAUGUUAAAUGUUAAAUGUUUAAAUGAUAAAAAAAAUGUUAUUUGAAAUGCUGUUUAAUGGAUAUAGAAGUACCUAGGUUGGUUACAAAUCAGGUUUCAAUCUCAGGCUGUUUCCUCCUUGGCGAAUGGCCAGUUCCACGAGAAGGACCAGGCUGGGGAGCCUUCUCAGCAGAGCUGGUGGCCUUGAGUCCCUGAGAAUCUGCACUGCCAGCCCCUGGGCCCCGCUGGCUCUCGGGGCAGACACUCACCCUCAGUCUCUGUUUUCAAAAGAGCAACAAAACGUCUUCUAAUUGUUGAAGCACUGAGAAAAGAAUGGGUCACACUUUGUUCUUAGCAAUAUUUGCAUGAUUGUGAACUUAGAGCAAUUAUUCUUCUUGUUGUAACUAAUGAAGCAUUACUGAACUCAGUUGGUUCAUGGCUGGGUAUAUUUUGCUACUUAGGUUAUAUCCCAACGUGCCUUUUCUGUGUUCAUUUACGGGGCAAAACGCCUGUCACUAGCGUUGUCUGUGACAGCUCCUCAGGUUUGCCAUAAGUGAUUGUUUUUGCUUGCUAAAAGCAAGACUUGUGCGGAAGGAUGUGUCCUUGUCCAUACUCAGGUCACACUACGUGACAGUCCUACAUGAGCAUUUUAUAUUCCCAGACUUUAUUAGAUGUUUAUAAUUGAGCCUUCUUGCGUUAUGACUCAGUCUAAAUGUGUAUUUUUGGUGAAAGUCCUUACUAUCCCAAAUGAGGGGUGUUGUUGCUCAUGAUCUGAGAAAGCAGAUCUCUGCACUUAGGAUCAGACCUAAGUUGUCUGAUCUUCAAAAACAGCUUUAAGGAUGCCUUAAAUAAAUAGAAAUAAAUAACAGAUAAAAAGUGCCUUGAAUUAUAGAUGGGGCUGCUUAGAAAAUAAAUGAUAAUGUUACUUUAAAAGCAUAUUUUAAUUGAGUGCCACAAUUAGUCAUUAAUGUGUUUGUGAAUAGGGCUAGAAACAACAGUGAUACUGCUUUACAUUUUAGACAUGGCCUUGAAUUUGGCAGAUUUCAGGGCCACUUCAUGGCUCUCACCAGUUUUUGGUGCUUAGAGGGUGGAGGGUGAGGGUGCUGCCCAACGUGGUCUUUUAAAGUGCCUUGUGGGUUUAUUAAACAGAUUUUCAGUAAAUAUUUAUUUUCUAAACUGGUAGGAGAGGAAUUUUGCUUAUGUGUCUGCACUUGCUUGAACCCUAUCAGGUAGUCAGUUCCUUUAGCCACUGACUCAUAUUGAUCCUGCAGUUUAAUGAUUUACAGUUUGCAUUUUUAAGACUGGUUGUCAGCGUUCUGAAGAUUAUUUUGAAGCAUUACCAGGGCUGCAUUCCUCAGAUAGAGACCCGGGACCUGUCCCGCACAAAUGGGGACAGUUGCUUUCCUUGGGGUUUCUGCAUAAUCCUUAAAUAUUAAUUAAUGUUAAUUAUAUAAUAGUUUCUGGAGGCUGUUCCGUCCCCAGUAGCUCCUGGGGGCUCGGAGAAUUCCCAUACUACGGAGUGGCCAUGAACAUUAAUUAUGGGUCAUUCCUGGCAGGACCGAAGCAGAUUCCUCUCCAUUUAAGAGUGGAAAUGUCUUAUCUAGGAGCUUAUCAAAGGUGGGAACAAAAACAUGAGUUUCUUUGGUGCAAACGCUAGAGGGAGGCAACGGUCCAUACUUCUGAAUUCCACUAGCUAAACACAGUAUUCAGGGUAAUUCUAAAAGAUGUCAGUGCUCUGACUGGGUCAUGUUAUCACCAAACUUUCUGUGCCUUGGUUUUCCAUCUGUUUCUCUUGGAUGCAGUGCAAGCAUUACUAUUAAUGGAAUGCUGCUUUCUUAAAAGCAGUCAAAAAUAUGUGUUGCAUGCUAAAAUUAUUUGGGGGAAAAGAGAAUUAGUAGCCCUAAGGUUAUAAAAUGUUUUUAAAAUAUAUAUCCUUUUACUACAAAAUCAAGUUUUUGCACUUCUGACAUUGGUCAUAUCUGUUUUGUCAUGGUGGAUUUAUUAAAUGUGACAUUUCUGAAUGAUAUAAAAUCCAGUUACUGUAAAUACAUCCUGGUAGGAAUCAUGCAGUUCUCUUUUCCCCUCUUCAUGCAUAGCAGAAGGUCCUAAAACUGAAAAUCUUUUUAAAAAAAGGACUUACAAGUCCUGAUGUUUCAUUGUUUCCAUGUUGUGUCUCUCCCUCCCUGAAAUUGUUGUAAUUGAAUGUUACAACCAAAUCAUUUAUU